AUGGCUCCCACGCUGGCAGCCGUGCUGCCAUACCUGCUGGCCCUGGCCACAGCACAGAAGAUAGGGACGGCGAUCCCGGAGGUGCACCCCAAGCUCGCGACGCAGUUCUGCACGACGGCGGGCGGGUGCGUGACCCGGCAGACGUCGCUGGUGACAGACGCGCUAUCGCGGCCGUUCCACGCGGUCGGGCACCCGGAGGUGCCGUGCUCGCCGCUCAACCAGACGCUGUGCCCGGACGCGGCGACGUGCGCGCAGAACUGCGAGCUCGAGGGCGUGUCGUACGGCAGCAUCGGCGUGCUGACGAGCGGGUCGGCCCUGACGAUGCGGCAGUACCUGUUCAACGGCGACGAGUUCGCCUCGGUCAGCCCGCGCGUCUACCUGCUGGCCGAGGACGGGGAGAACUACGAGAUGCUCAAGCUCGUCAACCAGGAGCUCACCUACGACGUCGACGUCUCGCAGCUGGGCUGCGGCAUGAACGGCGCCCUGUACUUGUCCGAGAUGGACGCCUCGGGCUCGCGCAGCGACCUCAACCCUGCCGGCGCAACGUACGGUACAGGGUACUGCGACGCACAGUGCUUCAAUGUCACCUUCAUCAACGGUCUGCCCAACCUCAAUAAUUCCGGGUCAUGUUGCAAUGAGCUCGAUAUUUGGGAAGCGAAUUCCAUGGCAAAUGUGUUCACGCCGCACACGUGCGGCGGCGUAGGCUCGUUCCUCUGCGCGGGCGACGAGUGCGGACGGGCCGGGGUCUGCGACAAGGACGGGUGCGGGCUCAACCCGUUCCGCAGCGGGUCCAAGGACUUCUACGGGCCGGGCAAGACGGUGGACACGUCCAAGCCGUUCACGGUGGUGACGCAGUUCUUGACGGCCGACAACACGUCGACGGGCGCGCUGUCGGAGAUCCGGCGGCUGUACAUCCAGGGCAACCGGCUGAUCGAGAACGCGCCCGCGUCGGCGGCCGAGAAGGACCCCGGGACCAUCACGCAGGACUUUUGCACGGCGGCCAACGCGUCCAGCUUCCUGCGGCUGGGCGGCCUGGAGGGCAUGGGCGCGUCCAUGGCCCGCGGCAUGGUGCUCAUCUUCAGCAUCUGGAACUCGGACGGCGACUUUAUGAACUGGCUCGACACGGGCAGCUCGGGCCCCUGCAGCGAGACGGCGGGCGACCCCAAGCUGAUCGUCGCCGAUAACCCGGAGGUGUCGGUCACGUUCUCGAAUAUCCGGUGGGGGGAGAUCGGGUCCACGUUUAACGCGUCGGCGCCGGGUACGAGCUCCGCUUUCAUCAAGGGUAAUGCGCAGGCCGCGAUGAGCGCGGCUGGGGGGCCUCGGAUUGUUUCGGGGGUAGUCUGGGCUGCUGUGGGUGUUGUUCUGGGAUACUUGCUUUGCUAG